AGACAACGUCAUAUAUACCCCCUUACGUAAUAUUCAACCUUGCAGUUAUAGUAGAGUUUUUUCUUUAUUCCUACUGUCGCUUAAAUAUACCAUUUAUUUUCACGUUUACAUACAUUUUUACUAUCCUUUAUUAUAAUAAAUAUUAUACACUAUACAUAUGUCUUCCGAAAAUAUUUUUCCUUCGGAAAAAAUUUUAUCGAAAACUCCCCUACAGGUGUCCCUGAAAAAAUUUCACGUGAUCAAACCAAAUCGAUCAGGUUUUAACAAGAUAUAUGAAAUACGCCGAUCUAGGAGUUUCUUUUUUGAGCUCGCUGAUCGUUCCCCGAACACCAAUAAUAUUCAUUUAAAAAUAUACACAAAUGAUUAUCAGAUGAACACUAAACCUAUUAGUUAUAGUAACACGAGUUCAUUCCCGAAUGACAAAUACCAAAUUAGUUGCAUGCUCACACAUUUUUUUUCUUUACAAAGAGUUAUACCCCGUCGUGUACAACAAAAAUAUUUCAAUUUAAUUCGCAAUAAAUUAUUGGAUAGAAGAAAAAUUAUUGAAUCACUUACAAAAGAUAUCGUUUUUAUUUUGGAAUUUAUAUCCCUUGUUCAUUCAAAAACAAUUCUGAUAACCCCUAUACACCUCCCUUAUGUCGAAUCCCUAGUCCUUUUAUUAUGUCACAUGAUCGAUGUGCUUGCAUCAAUCAUCAACAAAAUUUAGCUAAACACCAUUUUUACAAGAAUAUCAAACCAAAAAAUAAUAUACUUAAAAAACAAACAAAUGAAGAUUUUAUUAACAAUAAAUCUUCUCAUGCUAACCUUUUAUAUCACAGAUGGCUUUCUAGUCAGCCUAAACAUCAUUACUCCAAAAGAACGGGCGUUUCUUACAUCAGCUCAAUCCACG